AUGUCUCUAUACCCGCCGAUAUCUCAGGCCAGCUUCAAAGCUGAGUCGAAGUGCCUCUACGAUGUCCCGUUCCUCGAAAGCAAUGGCAGAAACUUCCAGAUGUGGAAGUACCGCACGACUAGUAUCCUCUGGUUGCGUGGUCUCUAUUCGCUCAUCGACGGCACUGAAGCCGACCCCGGAACAGCAGAUACUAUGAAGAAGGCGGAGUGA